UAUACAUGAAACUUGAAGGCUAAUAAUGAAACGCACGUGAAUUACUUGCUCAAUCGCGAGCUGAAGUUAGCUCUGAAUUUCAUUUCAACUCUUACACGCCUUCAAGUCGAUUCAUUCUCCAAACAUGAUUCUGAAAGCGGUCGCUCAAAGCAGUUCAUCAAACUUUGCUCGUUCUCUCAUUUUACCAAGUUAUCAAUCGAAAUGUUUCACUCUUAAAAACAAUCCUAGCUUCCAAAGUAUAUCUAGAUUUUUAUCGACAAAAACUAGUGAUCUUGCGCCAAAAAAGACAGCUCUUUAUGACUUUCAUGUAUCACAUGGAGCUAAAAUGGUCCCUUUUGGAGGAUACUCGAUGCCAAUUCAGUACAAAGACGGGGUCGUAGCGUCACAUCUAUUUUGUCGGAGCAAUGUUGUCAUUUUUGACGUGUCGCAUAUGCUGCAGACAAGUGUCAGUGGCAAAGACGCCGUAUCAUUCAUGGAGAGUUUAACAGUUUGCGACAUCAAAUCGUUGCAGGACAAUUCAGGAAGUUUGACAGUUUUCACGACUGAGAGAGGAACGAUUAUCGACGACUUGAUUGUGAACAAGAUAACGAAUGAAGAAUUGUACGUGGUUUCCAACGCCGGUUGCGCCGAAAAAGACCUGGCGCUUCUAAAACUUCAGGAAGAGAAAUUCAAAAAUGAUGGAAAAGAUGUUUCUGUUGAUGUCAUUCCAAAGUCUCUUUUAGCCGUCCAGGGACCGAAAAUGAUGGAACUUCUGCAGCCUUUGGUUAAUAUUGACCUUUCUAAAAUGCCCUUCAUGACAACUUCGUUAUGCGAUAUUGGAGGCUUGAAGGACCUUCGGAUAACUAGAUGUGGUUACACAGGUGAGGAUGGGGUUGAAAUUCAAGUUAGUGAUGAAAAUGUGGUUCAGUUGGCAGACAUGUUGACUAGCCGAGACGAAGAGUGUCGAAUGGCUGGACUAGCGGCACGAGAUAGUUUGCGACUUGAAGCGGGUUUGUGUUUAUACGGAAACGACAUUGACGAGACGACAACUCCGAACGAAGCGGGACUUUUGUGGCUAGUCGGGAAGCAGCGGCGGAAGAGGCGCGAUUUCCCUGGAAGUGACGUGGUGAUGACACAGAUAACAGAUGGAUCGUUUCUGCGCCAGAAGAGAGUCGGCUUGAAGGUAGAGGGUGCACCCGCCAGACAGGGAGCUGAGGUGCGAAUUGAGGGCGAGAAUAUAGGCCACGUGACUAGUGGGUGUCCUUCGCCAAGCUUGAAAGAGAACAUAGCAAUGGCCUAUGUGAAAACAGAGUUCUCCAAAAUAGGAACCGAACUACAUGUGAAAGUGCGAGAGAAAGAGUACCCUGCAAUUGUGACAAAGAUGCCAUUUGUCAAAACCAACUACUAUUUCUUGUAACUUAACUUAGUUAUUCUUUCAAUGAACAUAUAUUUGCAAUCUGAAUUUUAAACAAUUUAAACCAAGCUCGUGUGAUAUACUUUUAUUAAAUGAUUUAAACUAU